GUAAGAGGGGAUCGAAGUGCUCUCGUCGCCGUUUUAGGAGAUUCAGAUUCUUCUUAUAAAGUCUCCAACUCCCUCUGCGACCACCAUCGAUCCCUGAACUGUGGCGUAAAUAUGGGUUGGGACUGUUGGGAAUGGACAACUCUCCUUUAAAUCAGGCGCACCGAGAGCAGCGUCGUGCCGAGGCGUUCCGGAGGGGCGGUCGGCUGGAGGAGGCAGCUGAGUGUCACGGUCGGGCUGGUGAACUACUACUAGCAGCGUUGACUCUCACACCAACUCCCCUAGCUAGGCAGAGCAUCACCCUCCAGCACAGUUAUCACCUUCGGCAGCAGGAACUUCUCAAGUUCCGUAGUAAACAGCUCGAGAAGUAUGUCAAGGCAAUGGAAAAUCAGCGCGUGAAAAUGGGUACAGCGAGCGGAAGCAGUGGUGGGGGGGUGGGACCUGGUGGGCGCGAAUUGACGCCACCAGGCCUCUACACUGCCAAAAGACCUCAGGCAUUCACGCAGGAAGUUACCAAAUAUGCUGAGAAAUUUGACUCCCUGUUAUCAUUGUUAAUCUUGGAAGAGGAUGAGGAAUUGGAUAAGGAAGAAGCAGAAGGUGAUAAAAGCACUCCCACUGAAGAGGCUGAAACCAAGGCCGGUGCCAAGGAAAACUCAAAAAUCUCGGGAGAAUUGGCAGGGAAGGCCAAAACGCCAGCCAGUGAGAAGGCAGAGGAAGCCGGCAGCAGCUCGGGACUCCUCCAUGGCCAGAAGAAGAAGAAAAACAUUUUGGUCAUCGUGGAGGAGCUGCGUACCCUGAGGGACCACCAGGCGGACCUCAUCUCGCAACUCAUGACCGAGCUGUCCCACAUGGAGAGGGAAAAUUUUCAGUUGAAGAGUCAGGUACGUGAGCUCCAGAAUAAGUGUGAGCAGUACGAGGGAGAACGGCGCCGCAUGCGUGCUCUGGCUGAUUCCAGCUGCUCGCCUUUUGUAUUUUCUCCGCUGAGUGAGAUAUCCCCAGACCCCCCAAGCGUCGACCUUGCCCCCUUAGAAAUGCCUCCUUUGGACUUCAUGGAAAAUUUUGAGAAAGAUUCAUAAUGAAUGGUGUAAGAAUAAUGUGAGUGAGUGAAGAAAACUGUCAAGGUUGGCUUAUAUAUUGGUGUUUUUUUUCCAUAGUAAGAAGGGCAUAUUGUAUCGAGUGAAAAGAUUUCCCAGAUUGGUGUCGUGAUGUGACUUUGUGAUGUUUGAAAUAUUGGGCUAAGAAUUGAGAAGUAUUUGUAAAGUCAAAAUUUGAACAUUGUUUACAAAAACUAACCUUUCUCUUUCUUUUCCCACUUUUUAAUUAGACUCCAAAAGUGAACAAAGUAUCAUUAAUUAACAUUUGUUAAUCCACAUCACAGGUGAAAUUAAAAAACUAUAUUUGUUUUUCUAUUACUGUUAGAAAAACAGUACUAUUUCAUUUGCUAUCAUUUAGUGUCUUGUUAUUAAGUGGUUAAAUGUUAUUAUAUAGGAAGUGAAGAACUGAGUGGUGUGGGGUUUAUCAAAGCAUUUCAGACUGUGUGAUGUGUGUGUUGAUGUAGUACUGAUUAUUUCCUGAUAUAAAAAAAAAAAAAUGCAUUAAAAAAUAAUGAUGACAGAAACGGUGAUUACUGUAAUUCCAACACGUUUAUCAAUGAUUGUUUAUCAAUGAUUGCCUAUAUUAAAAGUUAAAAGCAGAUGUGGAUUUCAGGAAUUUAAUCAGUAUGCAACUCCUAGUAUUAAACUGAGAAAGCUUUUUGAGUGUGUAAAAAAAAAAUGUUUGAUGAGUGUUCUGUUGAAGUGCACUUUGUAAUUGUUAAUGUGAUUUUCUUCUUCUUCUUUCUUUCUUUCUUUAUUCUUUUUUUCUCUUUCAUGUUCUUCUUCUUCUUCUUCUUAAAGAGACUUUCCUGUAUGAGUAAAAUGCAGUUCAGUGUUAGGAGCAUGAGAAUGAUAAACCCACAAUAUACAUAUAGCAUUGUUAGUUGAAGGUGAAAUGUCAGCUUUAUAGUCCAUCAUUAUACUUCCUGGAUAUGGGUAUAUGUAACACUAAGGUUGAAGAAAUUCAAUGAAACAUCAUUACCAAAAAAGUAUCAAUGUCAUGGUUCCUGCAUGGCAUUUUAUACCAGACUGUGAAAUGAAUUAUACAGAGAUAAUUUAUGUGGAUUCCGUUAAAUUCUGCCAAAAGUAGGAUCAAUGAGCACUUGACCUUAAUAAUUGCUAUAAGAGCAUAAGGAAGAGAAAAAGAAUGGUUUCGUCACCAAAGGGAGAUAUUUAUAUUUCAUAGUAACACCAAUACACCUUUCCUUUAGUUCAGGGUGAUUCUUCACAUUAAAGGAAAUGGAUUUGGGUCAGCAGUUUAUUUAAGGAACAUAAAACCUGCAGAUGAAGAGUGAUAGUGGUUUGCUCGUGCACUAGCAUUUGCCAAAAACUUUGUAGUUGGAGUUUUUUAUUUUAUGCAGUAUCUUGUUAAUGGGAGUGUAAAUAUCAACAAAGGAUCUUCCAUUAGUGAGCCAGAUAUGUUCUUGUCUUUUGGUAGGUAGCAAAAUCACCUCUUGCACCAGAAGAACUUGUUCUUCUUUAUAAAUAAUCCUGGAUCUAAACUUUAUGUCUUUGUAUGGUUAACCCACAUUGAUCUUAUUUCUGAGGUAUUUAAAAGCUUGCUAUUCAACAACAUUCAGUUGAAAAAGAUCAGAUCAGAAAUAUCCAUUGAUAUCAAACAUUACAUAACAAACUGAAAUCUUGUACUUUGUUUAUUUAUUAUGAUCAUUAAUCUUGGAUUUUCUUUCAGUUUCUGGUGCGCUACAGCAUGUACAAAUGUUAGGAUUAGAUGGUUAGAUUUUCAGUAGCUUUGAGUUAUGUGCUUUAGUGUAAUGGUCAUUACACUGAUAUAAGUCUUGAGAAUGAAAGACAAUGAUUUGUAAAAUAACUUUGUACUGCUUUGUACAUACAUGUUUAGAAAAUUUAGUAGUUGAGUAAUGGUACCCUUUUUGACACAGUGUCUUUCAGGAUUAUAGAUUUCUCUUUCUUCUUUUUCUUGUCCUUUUUUUUUUACACUUUCAGGAGAAAAUCUUACAUGUUUGUAUUUAAAUCAUAUAAAUAAAAAAGAGAAGAAAA